AUGAGAUGUGUAUGUGAAAUGUGGGUGUAUCAAGGAGAAUGUUUUAGUAUUAAGCUUAUAAUAAACCAGGUAGUUCCGGUUCUUCUAUUCGCCUUCAUCACGAAAUGUCAGUGUGAGCCGAAAAAUGGUUACAAUUAUAAUAAUGGUAAUGAUGUAUCGCAAUUUGGGCAAAUAUUGAAACCACCGCCGCCUCCUCCUUCUCCAAUCUUUCCAGUACCAUUUCAUGGUGGAUCAGGAAGAUUACGUCAGAACUAUGAUCAUGGCUAUCAGUAUCAGCCACCCCCGCCACCUCCACUACCACCAAUUUCACCAUCGACUGAAUUUAAAUUUCCUGCUCCAUUCUAUAAGCAAUAUAAUUUUAAUUUUGUGCCUCCGCCUCAACCUUUUUCAACAACGCCAUCACCGAGUCUCUUUCAGAAAGUGUCUGGAUGGCUCUUUCCAUCACAACAAGUUUCCCCUGACACAGGGUCAGACGUAUCCUAUAAUGUAGCAUCAGUGAAAAAAGACUGUAACCCUUGCAAUUUAGUACCCUGGAUUCCAGUUAUUCGAUAUGAUUUAGCAUCUAAAAAUCUACAUCAAAAUAUAAAUCCAACUUACGGACCACCAAGUCCAACAAUCGGCAAUAAUUUUAACGCAGAGCGAAAUGUGGCACAACGUUUUAAUCCACAAAAUAAUAUACAACAGACGAGUCAAAUAUCCUCUGGAGUACCUCAUGCUGUUUAUGGACCUCCUGCUUCUCACAUAAACAAUGAAAACACUAGAAUUCACGCUUCAACAUAUGGACCACCGAGCCCCACGCAUAGUGUUACGAUCUCAAACGUGACACCUUUAAAUUCUAAGUUCUCCAGUGGUUCACAUCACGAAGGACAAAAUUCAUCUCCUAGACCAUCUUCCACUUAUCGCUUACCAAGUUCAUCUCAAAAUGUGCCUUACUCAAUAUACAAUUCGCCUGCUUCAUCUUAUUCAACUCCAUCAGUCAUUUAUAACAAUCACUUUUUAUCACCAACACAAAAUCCAGUAUCAACAAAUUACAAUCCCGAUAUAAUAAAUCAACAUUUGCCGUCACAGAAUGAUUUACAUGAAUUAGAACCGUCCACAGAGUUACGAUUGCCAAAAGUUUCACAUCCUACGGGAUUUAGAAAUUCAUACGGGGAACCGAUAACUAACACAUAUGCCUUAGAUAUUCCAUACUCUGUAUCUGCACCAGCUGCUUCUACUAAAAUUAAUACUCAAGUAUUACCAGAUAAUUAUGAAAAUUCGAAUGCAAAUAUGACAUUAGCUUUAGCAAAUCCAGCACCAUUUAGUUUCAAUAGGGGCAGGAAUAUACAUACCCUUCAACCAGUUGCUUUGCCUAAUCUUAGUGUUUCACCUCUUCCUCCAAUUUUUAACGCACGACCUUUCCGUCCCUUUUCAACAAAUUAUCCUUUUAAUAUAGUCCACGGGAUAAAUCAUUUGCAAUCACAAUCAAAUUACGUUGACAUUGCAAAAAGCGUUCCGAUUGCUGAAUAUACGCAUUCUGUAGAAUAUCCUACAACUAUUAUUCAGUCACCAGUUAUUGAUAUCGAUGAAUUAAAAAAAUCUAAUCAAAGUAAAGCUUAUAGAAACAUUGCAAAUAGUUAUGAAAUAGACGAACUACCACAGGCCUCAGAAGAUCAUAUUUCAGCAACUAAAUCAAACCAAGAUGCAAGCUUUGAGAGUAUUAGUCCUGGCUUAACAAAUGAUUUAUACGACAGUAGUAUACCUCUCGAUUUGAAGCAGUCUCCUAAUGCUCCUUUUAAUCAUAAAGCUAGUUUUGCUGAUUUACGAGGAGUGAAAGAUGAAGAUGUAGAUAAAUAUCGUACAGAGAGCAAUUUGCAAUUCAUAGAUUCGCCACUUUUAUAUCUUAAGCCAAGUGCUCCGCACAAAAAUUUUAAAAGUUUUAUGUUUCCUACAUCAACACCUGGAAAGCAACAUGAAUAUGAAAUUUAUGAUGAAUAUAUUCCUACCACAUCAUCUCCUACCCAAACUAUAAAUAAUCUAGACGAAACCAAAAACAGACUGAAUGAAGACUUUUCACAUACUAUAGCGGAAGAAGAAAAUCGGAAUCAGCCAAAAAUUGUUCAAAUCAUAGUUCCUUACACAACCGGCCAGCGAAUAGAUACUAAUAAAAAUAGUUUUUCACCUAGCCAAGAGGAUGUAAUGGAUAAUACUGAACAAGAAUAUAAAGCUAGAAAGAUUCAGUCUCAUACAGAAAACAGUUACUACAGUUUUGUUACAGAAGGUACCAGUAGCUUAAUGACCACAACCGAAGAACCAAUGACCAUUAUUACGGAACAAUACGAUCCAGAACGAUUAAACACGCCUGCAAUACUUAACGACCUGUAUGAUGUUAAAGAACCGCCUUUUGAUAUAAUUAAAUUACAACAUACGAUCGACGAUUGGACAGAGCAGGAGUACUCGAAUCAUUAUCAUAUUCCUCAGAGGACACGUUCUAAUGAAAAAUUUGCAAAGCAAAUCCCAGACGAAUAUUUAACAACAGUUAGUCCCAUCAUAAACUACAUGACAGAAGCUAGUUACAAUUUUGAAUAUGAUCAUGAAGGUUCAAGUAGUAUUCAGCACACGGUCACUGAAAAUCGAACAAAUAACUUGCCUGUAAAUCGUAAAGAAUACAAUACUAUUCAAAGAGAUAAGAGUGAUAACAAUGGUAAGAAUGAAGAAGCAGAAAGUAAUAAAAAAUUGCACAUUUACACAGCCGCGUCAACAUUUCGAACUACAACGACGACUACGACCACCACUCCAGCGCCUUGGGGUCACAUACAAACUUCUAUAUCACCUUUAACAAAUGAAAAGGUGUAUGUCGUUACAUCGAAGCCAUGGAAGGAGACAAAUGAAACAGACAGUGACAAACAAGAAUAUGAUUAUGAAGGGAAUGAAUUUAAUUCUAAGAGGACAGAAUUUGAGGAUUCAUCUGAAUUAGAUGAUCUUCCUUUUAAAUCUCCACGAUUCUCUAAUAGACCUUCGUAUGGUUUUACAGCUGAUGCAAUAGAAUCGAUUAAGCUUGAUUCACCUUACGGUUUUUCAAAGGGCUGGCAUCGAAGAAUAAAUAAUCUUGGAAAUGCUGCGCUUUUAUCAAAUGAAAAUACAUAUUAUGAAGAAGAUAAGGCAAGUCAAGUCACUUUUAUUGUUACUUAUUAUAUAUGGCAAUACGAUUCAUUCUCGACGCCAUCUUUUGGUUGU